AAGAGAAACGAUCGCCUUGGCGCAGUCGUAAAGAAGAAGAGUGUACGAAGCAAAGCACGGCUUAAAUGUAGUACGCGGUAUGGCAGAGGAUGAUUUCCGCGAAUUCAGCUGAAAAAUCUCGAAAUUAAAAACUAUAUUCGAAAUAUGUGCUAACAAAAUUAAUAACCAGGUGGAUUAAAAAGUGUAGUGAAACCCAAUUAAAAAGAUAUAUCAAAUCCAAAGUUACAAGUUCGUGUUUAUACACUUGUGCGUGUCAUGAGUAACGAAAUAAAGCACUAAACAAGAAGUAGAUGCCGAAAAAGCAUAGAGCGGAAUGCAACGUCGGGCCCGUUCCCUGUUGAAAUAUGUAACAGGUGCUAAAUACAUUUAUAAAUAGAAACAAGUGGUGCUUUAUUCAGAAUAUAAAUAGCUAUAGAGUUUCCUUGGAAUCCUAACAUUUGCCGCAACCAUGAACCGAUCUACACAUGGCAGCAUUCGUUCAUCUUCUUCCACAGUUUGCAGUAGCAAAUCAUUCCAUAGCCGAAUGGAUAAAGUGUCCGAAAGGCUGUAUGAUAUUGUGAAAAGCGGAUCAAUGGUGAAACGAGCUCAGAACAAAAAACGUUUUACACCAGUCAACUAUAAACAACGAUGGUUUGAACUGACCAAAAAAUCAUUAUCUUAUUUUGAUACGGAAAACAUUGAGCGUCGCCGGGAGCGUGGUCGAGUUCCGGUGAAAGGUGUUCGACUAGUCGAAACUGCUAUUGUUAGUGGGGAGGGUGGAGAUCCUUUUGCACCAAACGGAUUUCCAUUUCAAGUUGGUUAUUGUGAGUCCUCCAACGAUCAACAACUAUCAGGACGCUCUGUACCGCAAUAUAUUUUAUAUUUACUAGCGAGUAGUGAAAGAGAACGUGAUGACUGGAUACGUGCCAUAAGAGAGGUUUGUGAAGAAACAAAUACGCCGAAGUCAUAUCGUUUCCAUCCAGGACUUUGGACGGGUAAAAAGUGGUCCUGUUGUAAGGGAAUCAGUCGAGCAACGUUCGGCUGUCAAGCUGCGACCCAUUGGUUGGAAGCAAAUAAUAAUCCAAGUACAGGAGGUUCUCCUGCCCAGAACACUACUCGUAGCAGUAGUCCGAAUAACUCAACCUCAACCAGUCAAUUUAAUCUGCAUCACAAUAGUUCCGGCAGUUUGGGGAGCUCGACACCUACAUCUGCACCGUUACAAACUUCGGUUACGACCUUUAAGCAAUCACCAAAUAUUUUAAAUAGCGGCGCUACAUCGUUGGACAACACAAUGCCGGGGGGUAUUCCAACGCCGGGUACUCCAAAUUCUAAGUCCAAGGAUAAUUCACACUUCGUCAAAGUUGUGGUGGCUCUUUACCCAUUCAAAGCAAUCGAAGGCGGUGAUCUAUCACUCGAGAAGAAUGCUGAAUAUGAAGUGAUUGAUGAUUCCCAAGAGCACUGGUGGAAGGUUAAGGACGCCUUGGGCAAUGUGGGUUACAUACCGAGUAAUUACGUUAAGCCAAAAGCUCUACUGGGCUUAGAGCGUUAUGAGUGGUAUGUUGGGGAUAUGUCUCGCCAACGCGCUGAAUCUCUUUUGAAACAGGGUGACAAAGAAGGUUGUUUUGUUGUGCGGAAAUCAUCGACAAAAGGUUUAUACACGCUGUCCUUACAUACCAAAGUACCACAAUCUCAUGUGAAACAUUAUCACAUCAAGCAAAAUGCGAGAGGCGAGUACUAUUUGAGUGAGAAGCAUUGCUGCGAGACCAUACCCGACCUUAUAAACUACCAUCGACACAACUCCGGAGGAUUAGCGUGCCGUUUGAAAUCAUCGCCUUGUGAUAGACCAGUUCCACCAACCGCAGGAUUGUCCCACGAUAAAUGGGAAAUUCACCCAAUGGAGUUGAUGCUGAUGGAGGAGCUUGGCUCGGGGCAAUUCGGUGUGGUACGACGGGGAAAAUGGCGUGGAUCCAUAGACACCGCUGUUAAAAUGAUGAAGGAGGGCACUAUGUCCGAGGACGAUUUUAUUGAGGAAGCCAAAGUGAUGACCAAAUUGCAACAUCCUAACCUUGUGCAAUUGUAUGGAGUUUGCUCGAAGCAUCGUCCGAUUUACAUUGUCACCGAAUAUAUGAAACAUGGCUCGUUGUUGAACUACUUGCGUCGGCAUGAGACCACACUCAUCGGGAACAUGGGCUUGUUGUUGGAUAUGUGUAUACAGGUCAGCAAAGGCAUGGCCUACUUGGAACGUCACAACUACAUCCAUCGUGAUUUGGCCGCACGUAAUUGUCUCGUUGGUUCUGAAAAUGUGGUAAAAGUGGCAGAUUUCGGUUUGGCUCGCUACGUCUUGGACGACCAAUACACAAGCUCAGGUGGCACCAAGUUUCCUAUUAAAUGGGCACCGCCGGAGGUGUUGAACUAUACGCGUUUCUCUUCCAAAAGUGAUGUCUGGGCAUACGGAGUACUUAUGUGGGAAGUGUUCACCUGUGGAAAAAUGCCUUAUGGCCGUCUUAAGAAUACCGAAGUGGUGGAGCGUGUCCAACGUGGUAUUAUAUUAGAAAAACCAAAGUCAUGUGCAAAGGAAAUAUACGAGGUUAUGAAGAAAUGCUGGUCUCAUGGUCCGGAAGAGCGCCCAUCCUUCCGUCUGCUUAAGGAGCAACUGGCACUCGUCGCUCAAACGCUAACUGACUAAGCUUCAGCUGAGUUUCUCGAUGCGGCAGCAGUGAUUGUCGAAUUAUGUACUGAGUUAAUUUAUAUAGAUAUUAGCAAAGUAAUCGAUGAGUGAAAUGAUAGAAAGGAGAGUAGAGUUUGCCAAAAGCUUAUUCUUUAGAAACAAGUAAAUGCUAAGUAAAGUAAUCCAACUGCUAACAUGAAUUCGUAAUAUCAUUCAACUUUACAAGUAGUCAAUACUUUUGUCGGAACUAAACAAAAAUACACGUAAAUAAGUAGGAAUAAAUCUAAAACAAGUCAAAUAAAAUAUAAAAAAUAUAUAAAAAAAAAGAAACAAUUUCAUAUUAAGAAUCACGCUUUUCGCAAACGUGCGAUACGCGAACGUAUUCAAAAAGUUGUCAAGCUGACAUCAAUACAUACAUAUACAUAUAUGUACACACACACGUAUAUGAAAGCAUCCUAAAAUGUUUGUAAUUUUUUCAACUAGCCAGCCACGUUAAUUAAGAAAUGAACAAUUGAAAGAGAGAUUUUUGAACUAUUUUUAGUAUGAAAUAACGGUUUAGUAUGCUUUUUUAUUGUGCUUUUUACUUUUAUAUAUACAAAAAUGUACGUACGCAUACAAAAACUAAAAAAAUUAGAUAUAAACAAUUCGAAUAUUGAAACUGAUUAAAUAUAAUGCCUAUGGAUAUCUUAAAUGUAAGUCAAGACGCCAUGUAUAUUGUGAGAAUUAAGUUCACGUUAAAGAAUUUAUGUAUUAUUUCAUUUUUCCCCGUACGAUUAUAUAAUUACGGCGAGCAGAAUAAGAGUAAAAAACAAUUUAAAAAAAAACCGCAAAAGCGCAUAUACAAAAAAGCACAAGAAUGAUUUUUAUAAAAUACAAGUAUAUGCCUUUGGCGAAAUAUGACCUGUGCGCCAGCCAGGCAAACACUCACCGCUCAAUUAUUUGUUUUUUGGUUUACUAUAUAAUUUCCAUACACAUACAUACAUGGAUAAAAUAAAAACAUAAACAUAAACACAUAUACAUAUUUUUAAACCGCAUUGAGUGCGCAUACUAGUAAUUAUGGAUUAAUAUAAAUUCUUUUGUGAUUUACUUUUAAUAUUUCCGGAUAAAAGUGAAACUUGAAUGCACACUAUUUGACUAUACACGUAUAGCGAACGCCCGUAUUAUACACUUACAUACAUUUAUACAUAUGCAUAUGUAUAUGUGUGUAUAUAGAAAAUUUUAUAUCUAUACAGCUGUGCACUUUGCGAUAAUUCAAGUUUUGUUUGAUAAUUUUGUGAAACUAUAAUUUACAUUACACUUUUGAUGUAUAAUUACAUACAUAUCUCCUUAUUCAUAUACAAACAUACAUACACACAUACAAGCAUGUGUAUUUAUGUGCAAUGCAUUUGUAUGACACGCAAUAUCUAAGCAUUGGUUUUUUUUUAUGAUUCGUAUUAUCAAUGUUUUAGUUGUAUUUAAAUUAUUUUGUAAGAUGUAAUGAAAAAAUAACGAAUAAAAACAUACAUACGCGUUUUUAUCAGCA